AUGGCGGAGGGGGUGCUGAGCCCCGGGGUGAACCUGGAGGCCUUCUCUCAGGCCAUCGCCGCUAUCCAGGCGCUGCGCUCCAGCGUGACGCGGGUCUUCGACUGCCUGAAGGAUGGGAUGCGGAACAAGGAGACCUUGGAGGGCCGAGAGAAGGGCUUCGUGGCCGCCUUCCAGGAGAGCCUGCACUCCGUCAGCAUCAAUUUAGGUGAACUGGAGCGUCUGAGCAACCUAGUUGGUAAACCAUCUGAGAACCACCCCCUGCACAACAGUGGACUGCUGAGCCUAGAUCCUGUUCAAGACAAAACGCCUCUUUACAGCCAACUUCUUCAAGCAUACAAAUGGUCAAAUAAGUUGCAGUACCAUGCCGGGCUAGCAUCUGGCCUUUUGAAUCAGCAGUCUUUGAAACGUUCAGCCAACCAGAUGGGAGUAUCUGCAAAACGCAGACCAAAAGCGCAGCCAACAACUCUUGUCCUACCUCCUCAAUACGUCGACGAUGUGAUCAAUCGGAUUGAUAGGAUGUUCCCUGAAAUGUCUAUCCAGCUGUCCCGGCCAAAUGGAACCUCUGCAAUGCUGCUGGUUACCUUAGGAAAAGUGUUGAAAGUGAUAGUGGUGAUGCGGAGCCUCUUCAUUGACCGGACAAUAGUGAAAGGGUACAACGAAAAUGUCUAUACCGAAGAUGGCAAGCUUGACAUAUGGUCUAAAUCCAACUAUCAGGUUUUUCAGAAGGUAACAGAUCAUGCGACCACUGCUCUGUUGCACUACCAGCUGCCUCAAAUGCCAGAUGUGGUGGUCAGAUCUUUCAUGACCUGGUUAAGAAGUUACAUAAAGCUGUUCCAGGCGCCGUGCCAGCGCUGCGGAAAGUUCCUGCAGGACGGCCUGCCACCCACGUGGAGGGAUUUCCGAACGCUUGAGGCUUUUCAUGACACUUGCAGGCAGUAG